AUGACGCUGCAAGACCUGAUCGCAAAGUACCGGGGAAACCGGAAGAUUUUGCUGCUGAUCGUCUACAUUGCUCUGUUUUUGGACAAUAUGCUGUUGACGACAGUUGUCCCAAUCAUCCCAGAGUAUCUGCUCCGGUUAUCGCAUCCGAACGAGACGGAUCUGUUGCUUUAUAACAAGCCAUCUGAAGUCUCCGAUCACGUUCGAGGAAAACGCGGGUCCGGCUAUUGGGAUGAGAGUCAGGACUGGGACCUCCCAGUUGACGACGAGGAUCGCAAAAUUCCGUGGGAAUCCAGCCCGCUAGGGCCGAAAAGCAAGAGCAAGACAAAGGGACGAACAAAGUCCAAGGCCAAGAAUCCAUUAGCACCGAAGACAAAGCAGAGGCCGAAGCAGUCACCAAAGGAUGAGGGCCCUCCACCUGGUGCUCCAGACAACGAACACCGCCAUCAAGUCCUCGCAGAGGAAAAUGUGCACGUCGGGUUGAUGUUCGGUUCCAAGGCGUUGAUCCAGCUUCUCGUCAACCCUUUGGUUGGGCCGAUGACUAACAAAAUCGGCUACACGAUGCCAAUGUUCUGGGGUUUUGUCAUCAUGUUCCUAUCGACAGUGAUGUUCGCAUUCGGGUCUUCCUACGGAACCCUAUGGCUGGCGCGUGCGAUGCAGGGUAUUGGAUCGGCUUGUACCUCGACUUCAGGCAUGGGAAUGCUGGCCCAAGCGUAUCCCGACGAUGCCGAGCGUGGCAGUGCUAUGGGAAUUGCGCUGGGAGGGCUGGCUUUGGGUGUGCUCGUCGGUCCACCAUACGGCGGUGUUCUCUAUGAAUGGGCUGGAAAGCCGUUACCUUUCAUUCUAUUGGCUUUGUUGACGCUAUUUGACGGAAGUCUCCAAUUCAUGGUCCUCCAACCAAAAAUCGAUCGCGGCGAGCCGGAGGGCAGCUCGAUGAAGCAGCUGGCGAAGGAUCCGUAUAUCAUUGUCGCCGCAGGUGCCAUCACGAUUGGUAAUCUGGGAAUUGCGAUGCUCGAGCCGUCACUUCCACUGUGGAUGAUGGAAUCGUGGCAGGCGGGGUCGUUUGAAAGAGGUAUCGCCUUCUUACCGGCUUCGAUCUCGUACCUCGUUGGAACGAAUAUUUUUGGUCCGCUGGCACACAAGAUGGGACGAUGGUUAUCAGCCUUCAUCGGACUCGUAAUCAUCGGCUUCUGCCUUCUGUUGAUCCCAUCAGCCACUUCCGUUGGAGGCCUCAUCAUCCCCCAUCUUUUCAUGGGCUUCUCAAUCGGUAUGAUCGACGCGUCGAUGUUCCCAUUGAUGGGCCACUUGGUCGAUCUUCGCCACGUCGGGGUCUACGGCAGCAUCUAUGCGAUAGCGGAUGCAGCCUUCUGCUUUGCAUUUGCGCUUGGGCCGUUCUUCUCCGGACCCCUGGUUCGAUCAGUUGGAUUCCCGACUAUGAUGUAUAUAAUCGCCAUCAUCAACUUUAUCUACGCGCCGUUGAUGUUUAUGCUGAGGAGUCCGCCACCUAUUAUCCGGGAGAACGAGGCAAGCGCCGUAUCGAAUGGGGUGACGGCCCAACUCCCGGCUACUAAUGACAACUACCAAAAGAUUGAGGGAACCGAUGCGGCUCGGAUGCAGGGGUAUCAAUACGAAUAC